ACUUUAAAAAAAUCAAAAACUCUAAUUUUAUAUUAAUUAUGAAAAUAAAUAUUAAAUUGUUAACCUCGAUAAUUUUUUCUAUAAGUAUUUUUCAUGAAGUAAUACUUGUUGAUUGUAAAAAAAAUGAGUAUACUACAUAUUUAAAAGAAGUAAUUCAUCACGUGCGUUUUCACAUAAGACUGUUGAAUCUAAAAAAUUUGUCACUAAGAACUGAAAAUGAUGAUAUUAUAAGCAUAGAAGGUGUUCUAAAUCAUAUAAUUAAUGAUUUUAAUAAAUUAGUAAUAACAUACUAUAAUAUAGUUGAUGUAAUCAACUAUUUAUUUAUUGAAGUACUCCAAAUAUUUACUGAACACAUGAAAAUUAUUAUAGAUGUUUGUGAAAAUUAUUAUAAAAAUAAUUUAUUAAGAAAUGCAACUUAUUGCACUACAGUACUUUUAAAUACAGCUAAAAAUUCAAAUUUGAUGUUUAAUUAUUUAUACAAAGCUAUAACAUUUAUUGAUUGCUUAGAUGUAAAUUCUGUGUGGACAAAAUCAGUUCGUCCAAAAACGGUAAUAGAUGAAAUUUAUAUCGUUCAAAAUUAUACGUUUUUAAUGAAAACGGCAGAAAUGCUGAAUUAUGUAGAUAGUGACGAAAACAUCAACAUUCCUGUAGUUAAAAAAGAUUACAAAGAAAUAAAUAAUUUUGUUAAUAAAGUAAUUGAAAUAACAGAUAAUUUUUCAAGAAACAAUAUUACUAUUAUAAAUAAUACAAUAAAAUGUAAUUUACAAGAAAAGUACUGUAAUGAAUACAAAUCUAAUAUGUAUGAAAAUAAUUUUGUCGAUUAUGUUAGUGAAAAAUUUAAUGUUUACUGUAUAAAAACCAUUAAUAAAUAUUAUUUUGAUAUGGGAUUCAAUGAGUUGCUUAAACCUUAUUCAGCUCAGCUCACACCUCCUCAGAUUACUAAAUUCCCCCAAGAUAAAGCAAUUAAAAUACUAAAUACUUUGUUCCACGAAGGAAAUUGGAAUUUAUUGAAUCAUAUAAGCAUAAUAAGUUAUAAUGAAAUAAUCACUCUCAAUCGAAUUAUUAGAGACCCUAUAGAUUAUACUAAUUUUUAUUUGAAAAAAAAAUAUUUUACACAGCUGAUAAGGUGCAGAUUUACUGAAGUAUUGAAAAACUAUAACACGAAUAUGUCUGCUGUAAUACAUAUACUCAGAAACGAAAUAAUUAAAAACAAUUUAGACAAUAUUAAAGAAUGUACAAUUCGAUUUUUUGAUGCGGUUAAAGAAUCAAAAGAAAUGUUUAAAUAUAUGUUGUUAGCUUUAGACAAAUUAAAAGCUACUUCAAUUUGGGAAGUAAUGUACCAUUCAUAUGCAUGUUUAACGCAAACCUAUGAUAUAUUAAGUAAUUUUUUAUCUAAAAUUGAACAGCUUAAUUUAACGAAAUAUGAUUUUUUGAAUCUUUCUAUCGAUGAUAUAAAAUUAAAUGCCUAUAACUUUUUAUUCGAUUUUCAAAAAACACGAAUAUCUUUUAAUCAAAUGGUUUUUCAUGGAUGUGAUUUCGUCAAACAACAUUGCUUUAUUAAAGGUGGUGUUUUAGAAAAAAAUCAAUUAUUAAAAUCAUGGAAGGAUAUAGUUUUAUCAGCUAAUACUAAUAACACUACCGAAAGCCGAAAAAUUAUGUAUGAAUACGCUUUGAAUCAAUUUAUAUUGUUUUAUAAAAAUGCUAUUACAAAUGAAUACUUUUGUUUAGGGUUCAAUAAAAUAAUUAUCAGUGAUUAAUGGAUAUCUUGUAUUUUUAUUUUAUUUUAAAUAAAUAAGUUUUA